AUGUCAUCUCUGUUGCCAACAUGCAAUAUAGGUCAAUUGUUUACUAAUACCUCGACAAAUACACGCGGUAACGUACUUAUCCACUCUGCUUCAACUUCUAGAUUUUGUGCACCAGCCAUCCCAUCCAUAACUUCAUUCACAGACUUUGCAAGUUACCCUGAAAUUUAUGCUCAUGCAACUUAUCAUUAUAAAGACAAACAGAAUCUAAUCUUCACAAAACCUAUUACUACAACUUUCUACACCAACUUAUCUUCAUCUUGUUUGUUAACUUCUCGAAUAUGUUCCUCCUCGUCGUCUUCGUCGUCAUCUUCAAAUAUGAGCUGUGCGAUGCAUGCAGACGUACAGACACUUAAAAAUUAUAAAGAAUCAUCUGUUAUUACAUCAGUCAAUAGUAGCUGCCCAAUUGUACAUCAACAGCAUCACCGAAAAUAG